CUUGAGCCCGCCAGGUCCUUCUUCUCUCCUCACCGGCUCCCUCUUGUUGACCCGGCAGCCGCGUGGAGCUGCUGGCCAUGUCACUGAAAUAUUAUCUCCUCUUGCUGGUGGGCUUCCAAGUCUGGGCUGCAGGCUUGGCCUACUAUGGCUGCCCUAGUGAGUGUACCUGUUCCCGGGCCUCCCAGGUAGAGUGUACAGGGGCACGGAUUGUGGCAGUGCCCACGCCUCUGCCCUGGAAUGCUAUGAGCCUGCAGAUCCUCAACACGCACAUCACCGAGAUCCCGGAGACCCCGUUCCUCAACGUCUCAGCCCUCAUCGCCCUGAGGAUGGAGAAGAACGAACUGUCCAACAUCAUGCCAGGCGCCUUCCGCAACCUGGGCUCGCUGCGCUACCUCAGCCUGGCCAACAACAAAAUACAGAUGCUGCCUCCUGGUCUCUUUCAGGGCCUGGACAAUCUGGAAUCCCUCCUUCUGUCUAAUAACCAACUGGUUCAGAUCCAGCCAGCCCAGUUCUCCCAGUUUAGUAAUCUUAAGGAACUCCAGUUGCAUGGCAACAAUCUGGAAUACAUCCCCGAAGGUACCUUUGACCACCUGGUGGGCCUCACCAAGCUCAACCUGGGCAAGAACGGCUUCACCCACUUGCCACCUAGGGUGUUCCAGAACCUUGGCAACCUCCAGGUGCUCCGGCUGUAUGAGAACAGGCUUUCAGACAUCCCCAUGGGCACUUUUGAUGCUCUUGGCAACCUCCAGGAGCUGGCCCUCCAGGAGAACCAGAUCGGCACCCUGUCCCCUGGCCUGUUCCACAACAACCGCAACCUCCAGAAACUGUAUCUGUCCAACAACCACAUCUCGCAGCUGCCCCCUGGCAUCUUCAUGCAGUUGCCCCAGCUUAACAGGCUCACGCUCUUCGGCAAUUCCCUGAAGGAGCUCUCCCCGGGAAUCUUUGGGCCAAUGCCCAACCUGCGGGAGCUUUGGCUCUACAACAACCACAUCUCCUCCCUCCCCGACAACACCUUCAUCAACCUGCCCCAGUUGCAAGUUCUGAUUCUCAGUCACAAUCAGCUCAACUCCAUCUCCCCAGGAGCCUUCAAUGGCUUGACGAACCUGCGAGAACUGUCCCUCCACACUAAUGCGCUACAGGACCUGGAUGGAAAUGUCUUCCGUGCCCUGUCCAAUCUGCAGAACAUCUCCCUCCAGAAUAACCGCCUACGGCAGCUCCCCGGCAGCAUCUUCGCCAAUGUCAAUGGCCUCACGACCAUCCAGCUGCAGAACAACAAUCUAGAGAACUUGCCCUUGGGCAUCUUCGAUCACUUGGUGAACCUGUGUGAGCUUCGUCUCUAUGACAAUCCCUGGAGGUGUGACUCAGAUAUCCUCCCACUUCACAACUGGCUCCUUCUCAACAGAGCCCGGUUGGGGACAGACACCCUUCCAGUGUGUUCCAGCCCAGCCAAUGUCCGAGGCCAGUCUCUCGUCAUCAUCAAUAUCGUCCCUGGGCCCAGUGUCCAGGUUCCUGAAGUAUCUAGCUACUCAGAAGUGCCAAGCUAUGUAGACCCUAAUCUGUCAGGGUCACCCAGCUAUCCUGACACCACCUCCAUUUCCUCUACCACAGAGAUCACCACUGCUGUGGAAGACUACACAGAUCUGACCACUGUUGAAGUCUCCGAUGACCGCAAUACAUGGGGCAUGACUGACGCCCAGACGGGGCUGGCUAUUGCUGCCAUUGUGAUCGGCAUCAUUGCGUUGGCCUGUUCCCUAGCUGCUUGCAUCUGCUGCUGUUGCUGUAAGAAGAGGAGCCAGGCAGUCCUGAUGCAGAUGAAGGCUCCCAAUGAGUGUUAG